AUGCCAACUCAACUUGACUUGGUCAUCAUCCUCUUGACCAUCUCUCUUCCCCUUCUCUACUUUUACAGAGAAUCUCUCCCUUUCAUAGGUGGUAAACCCAAAGUAGCCUAUCAAAAUGGGUCGGCCAGUGGCAACGUGAAGAAGGUGGAAGAAGCAGGCGAUCCAAGAGACUUUGUAGCAAAGAUGGAAAGAGCUGGUAAACGAGCUGUAAUCUUCUACGGCUCCCAAACUGGCACAGCUGAAGAGUAUGCCAUUCGACUGGCCAAAGAAGCUAAAUCCAGAUUCGGACUAUCGUCACUCGUUUGUGAUCCUGAAGAACACGAUAUGAACCUAUUAGACCAAGUACCUGAGAACGCCGUCGUCUUCUUCGUCGUGGCAACAUACGGAGAAGGUGAACCAACCGACAAUGCAGCUGCUUUGAUGGAACUACUUUCAGACACAGAAGUUGAAUUCAGUCAAGGUGGAAAUCGAUUGGAAAACUUGAAUUAUGUCGUAUUCGGUCUAGGUAAUAAAACCUACGAAUUUUAUAAUGAGAUAGCGAAGAAGAUCGAUAACAGAUUAACUGAAUUGGGAGCGAAAAGAAUCGGUGAAAGAGGUGAAGGUGACGAUGAUAAAUCAAUGGAAGAAGAUUAUCUCGCAUGGAAAGAUCCAAUGUGGGAAUCAUUUUCAAAAGUUUUAGGUGUGGAAGAAGGUGGAUCAGGUGAUGUAGCAGAUUUCGUCGUUACUGAAAUAACGAAUCAUCCACCUGAAAAAGUAUAUCAUGGAGAAUUAUCACCUAGAGCAUUAUUAGCUGCUUCAGGUCUAUCAAGUGGUACUUCAACACCCGUCAAUGGUGGAUAUGGUAUAAAAAACCCUUAUCCAGCACCGGUAUUAGCUUCAAAAGAAUUAUUCCAAUUGGCAAGUAAAGGUGAAGAAGGUGAUAGGAAUUGCGUACAUAUCGAAUUCGAUAUAACAGGUUCAGGAAUGACUUAUCAACAUGGUGAUCAUGUUGGGAUCUGGCCUUCAAAUCCAGAUGUCGAGGUCGAUAGAAUAUUAUCUGUUCUAGGAUUGGAUUCUCAGGAAAAAAGAUUUGGUAUAAUAGAAAUCGAAUCAUUAGAUCCUGCUCUAGCAAAAGUACCUUUCCCGACACCUGCGACAUAUGAUGCUAUCUUCAGACAUUAUUUGGAUAUAUCAGCUGUCGCAUCAAGACAAACCAUAUCAUUUUUAGCAAGAUACGCACCUAGCGAAUCAGCAAGAGAGAAACUCACCAAUUGGGGUACGAAUAAAGAAUUAUACGCUAGAGAAAUUGAUGGUCCAGCGUUAAAAUUAGCAGAAGUACUUCAAGGUGCCAUUGGAGAUUCGAUUGAUCCACCUUUUAACAACUCAACCAUUUGGUCAAUACCUUUUGAUAGAAUAGUUUCUUCUGUACCAAGAUUACAACCUAGAUAUUAUUCAAUCUCAUCUUCAUCAAAAUUACAUCCUUCUUCAAUACACGUAACUGCCGUUGUAUUGAAAUAUCAAUCUGCCGCUUCACCCAUUCAUCAUCAUGAACCAAGAUGGGUAUUUGGUUUAUCAACAAAUUUCAUAUUAAAUGUCAAAAUAGCUCAUUCAGGUUCAAAUACACCAAUCACCAAUGGAAAUGGAAACGAUCACAAUGACGAUGAACAAAAAAACGCCUUGGAAUCCGUCACAAUGAAAAAAUUCCCUUCAUACAAACUUGCAGGACCAAGAAAUACAUACGUUCAACAAAACGUUUAUAAAGUUCCCAUUCACGUUAGAAGAAGUACUUUUAGAUUGCCUACUUCCCCCAAAGUACCCAUCAUCAUGAUAGGUCCAGGUACAGGUGUCGCUCCUUUCAGAGGGUUUGUACAAGAAAGAGUAGCUCUGGCUCGUAAAGCAAUAGAGAAGAAUGGUCCCGAUGCUCUGAAAGAUUGGGCACCAUUAUAUCUAUUCUAUGGAUGUAGGAGAUCAAAUGAAGAUUUCUUGUAUAAAGACGAAUGGCCAGAAUAUGAGAAGGAAUUAAAAGGUGUUUUCAAGAUGAAAGUCGCGUUCUCGAGAGAAAUGACAAAAGCCGAUGGAGGUAAAGUAUACGUUCAAGAUUUGAUCCACGAUCUGAGAUCUGAACUGGCACCGUUGAUCAUAAACAAGAGAGCGUAUAUAUAUAUCUGUGGAGACGCUAAAUCAAUGUCUAAAGCUGUAGAAGAAAGAUUAUGUCAAAUGUUGGGCGAAGCCAAAGGUGGUUCCGCUGAAGUUGAAGGUGUAAAAGAAUUGAAGAUGCUCAAAGAGAGGAAUCGAUUGAUGACUGAUGUUUGGAGUUAA